CUGCAGUAAACAUUAGCAGAAGAAGCUAGCUAGCUCCUGUAAACAAAGCUGAUCCGCCUGUCUGUUAAAACAACCAACAAACUGCUUAACCCGGAGAGGAGAUAUGAUUAUAAACACGUCUACAUAACACUUAGACUCCGGUCCGACAGCAGCAGUACACUCCGGUCCUGGAGCUGCCAUGUCCCGGCCUGCAGUCUGACUGUAAGAUAAUGGCUGCAGAGCUGUAUCCCACCAAGAAGCUGGUCCCCUCCACCUCAGCGAGUAGCACCGCCACCUCUUCCUCCUCCUCAUCCUCCAUCCAGCAGUACCAGCAGCAGAACCAGACCAACAACAACUCCAGCAACCAGAGCUGCUGCAACUGGCAGGGCCUGUACCCGACCAUCCGGGAGAGGAAUUCAGUCAUGUUCAACAAUGAGACGAUGGCAGAUGUUCACUUUGUGGUCGGACCACCUGGCGGGACGCAGCGAGUACCAGGACAUAAGUACGUCCUGGCCGUCGGCAGCUCCGUGUUCCACGCCAUGUUUUAUGGAGAACUGGCCGAGGAUCAGGAAGAGAUCCGGAUCCCUGACGUGGAGCCGCCGUCGUUCCUCGCCAUGAUGAAGUAUAUCUACUGCGAUGAGAUCGACCUCUGCGCUGACACGGUGCUCGCCACCCUGUACGCCGCCAAAAAGUACAUCGUACCUCACCUGGCGCGGGCCUGCGUCAACUUCCUGGAGACCAGCCUGAGCGCCAAGAACGCCUGCGUGCUUCUGUCCCAGAGCUGCCUGUUCGAGGAGCCCGACCUGACGCAGCGCUGCUGGGAGGUGAUCGACGCUCAGGCCGAGCUCGCCCUCCGCUCCGAGGGUUUCUGCGACAUCGACUCUCAGACGCUGGAGAGCAUCCUGAAGCGGGAGACUCUCAACGCCAAGGAGAUGGUGGUGUUCGAGGCGGCGCUGAACUGGGCCGAGGCGGAGUGUCAACGCCAAGAUCUGUCGCCGACGAUUGAGAACAGACGCUUGGUUCUGGGGAAAGCCAUCUACCUGAUCCGCAUCCCCACCAUGGUGCUUGAGGAUUUCGCAGACGGAGCGGCGCAGUCCGGCGUGCUCACACUCAACGAAACCAAUGACAUCUUCCUGUGGUUCACCGCCGCCAAGAAGCCCGAACUCUUGUUUUGCAGCAAACCUCGUAAAGGUUUGGCACCGCAGCGUUGCCACCGCUUCCAGUCGUGCGCCUACAGGAGCAACCAGUGGCGAUACAGAGGGCGCUGCGACAGCAUCCAGUUCGCCGUGGACAAACGGGUCUUCAUCGCGGGAUUCGGUCUGUACGGAUCCAGCUGCGGCUCGGCAGAAUACAGCGCUAAGAUCGAGCUGAAGCGCCAGGGCGUGUCCAUGGCUCAGAGGAACAUCAAGUACUUCUCUGACGGGUCCAGCAGCACGUUCCCCGUCAGCUUCGACUACCCGGUGCAGAUCGAGCCCGACACUUUCUACACCGCCAGCGUGGUGCUGGACGGGAACGAGCUCAGCUACUUCGGGCAGGAGGGCAUGACGGAGGUUCAGUGCGGGAAAGUGACCUUCCAGUUCCAGUGCUCCUCGGACAGCACCAACGGCACCGGGGUGCAGGGAGGACAGAUCCCCGAGCUCGUGUUCUACGCCUGAGACGAGCAGAGACUCCUGCUUCACUGCCAUGGACACUUUUACUUUGAACGUGUGGAGACGAGUUGUGUUUUUUUUCGGAGGGACGGACUCCUGGAGUUACUGCUGAGUCAUACAGUGCUGCAGUGACGAGUCCUAAAACCCGGAAGUGAGUCAGCGUUUCACCACUUCCGGUUCCCUCGCCUCAGAGCCAACGGGAUUUUGAACUAGUUUUUGGAAAAUAGCUGGAACUAAGGUCUGUGGUUGAGACACAUGUAAGAGACGGAUCCUGUUUUGUUCUACGACAUUAAAUACAUCAGCAGUGGAGAUUUCUGAAGAGUUUACGUGUCUGAAAAACGAUGGUUGUUACCAAUGUGGCUGAAUAGGACUACAGAAGUUGUCGAGGACGUUGACGUCAUUACGCCGAACGCGUAACACUCCCGCUAAGUUUGUUUGCCCUGUUCUGCUUGAAAGCAAGUUCCCUGCCUCCUGCUAACUGUUCAAACAAACGCUUCAACUCGUACCAUUUAGAAUCUGUAUGUUUGAAUAUGGAUCUUAAGUCGGCGUGACGUUGAAGUCGUGCGACCCUGCUGUAGUUCGUUUAUAGCAUAACGUUAGCAUUUUGCUUCUGGCGAUUAGAUUUACGAUUGGAAAGUUAUAAAGUAGGGUAGACGUGGAGAUUAUCCGGCUGAACAAAACGUGCAUUUAUCAAACAGGUCCGUUUUCCACAGACCUUAUUUUUUACAAUAUUCCGAAAUCCCGUUGCUUUUUCGUCGAGGGAACCCUUGCACCGCUUACUUCCGGGUCGAACUACAACUAUACGUCAUCACUGCUCCGCUCUAUAGAGACGUGGCGGUGGAAACAUGAAGACACGAUGGAAGAACCCUCACAUGUUUUUGUUUCACAGCUGCUGUCGUUGUGGUCAUCACUGCUUCACUUUCUCUUGAAAUAUAAACCAGCAUUACGGGUGGGAGAUAUAGAGGAAAUCAUGGUGCAUAUGCAAUUUUAUAUUACGAUUAAAUAUAACAAAGAAAAACAUUUAAUGGGGAAAUUAUGAAUGGAUCAAAUAAUCUUAAAGGAUUGUCCGUAUUUUCACUAAUACAGUGAAUUAAACAAAUCAAAGUAUUCAUCACAAUAAGCUGAUACUAAAAACACCAUAACGCUGAUUCUUGAUUUACAGCAUUGCUCUUAAUGUCCGUAUGCAGUUCGUUGUUAUUACGAAUAUAACGCUAAAGUAAACAAGACACUUUCAUUGGACGAUGACUAACCCCAGGAACAUUAAAAUGCUCUCAUUAAUGUGCAACAAGUCAAACGUACAAACAAGUGCAGCGCUUAAAAGACUUAAGCACAAUGCCAAGUGCUUUUUUUAAAUUAAUAUAAUACGUUAUCCGCGACCUGGACAACUUUCCAGGCUCACAAAUCCUCAUCUUUUAUUCCUUGCAUAUAUAAAUGGUAAAAAUUAGGGAUGCACGAUAUUGGUUUUUUGAAACCGAUACUGAUAACUUCCUGCUUCUCAAGACCGAUACCGAUAACAAAAAAAAAUGUACGCCACUAAUUAUUUUAACGCGAUUAACGCAUAUGUAUUUUUGUCCUCGGCCGCCCCGUAGUUUCAGAGCGCAUCGAGUUUAAAAUACCAUCUACAA